AAUGACAGAUGAUUAUAAACGCUGUUGUUAUUUUCCAUCUCCGCUUAUAAAGGAGUCAAGCGUUUUUGUUUUGUUUUUUCGCUUUUAUCCGUCAUGUUAUGUGUAUGACUGGUCUGAUUUAAUCGCCCAUUGGAUUAUAAGAGAGCUGUUAGACUGCUGACAUCGUCCUUAUUCUUUCCUCCGGUUCAGCCUGAAGAAAUUCCUGCACAGAUCCUCAUCGACACACAUGAUGGACGCUUUUGAUGAACGCCCGGCCAAUAUCUGCAUCUGAAUCGCCAUGUAGGCAUACUGUAGUGUGUAACAACGCUCGCGAUGCCUGUGAGCAGCUGUCAAACCUGGUGAAGUCUUCAGAAAUGAGAGGUUAGAUAUGGAAGAGCAGUGAUUUGGGAGAUGGGUGAGUACGAGGAGAGCUUUCGUGGGCUCGAGGGGGAUUCGGGUCAUUUCCCCCCCCCUCCGCCGCUGCGGCACCCUGGCGGCCGCGAGCGAAUGAACAUCCAGAAGAGCAGCGUCUGCUCCAGGGCUUACUUCGUGGUGGUGAUGGCCUUCUUCCACAUCUACAUAAUUAAUAUCAUAGCUUUGCUGCUUUAUGUGCACUAUAACACGGGGUCUGGGGAGCAGGAUGUGCCCCUUGAGAAGAGUGUCCCGCGACCCAUGCCCACUGAACACCAAACCCCGUCACCAAACCUGAGCCCGGAGCUCUCCUUCCAUCUGCCUCGCCUGGAGGGCAUUCGGGUUGGGCAUGUGCAAAGAGUUUCUCUCGUUCCUGACCGGACCCAUAACAUGCGCACCCUCAGCUUGAAGCCACUGCUGUUUGAGAUCCCAGGAUUCCUGAGUGUGGAGGAGAGCAGUGUGGUGAUGCAGCUAGCCCAACUGAAGGGCCUGACCCACAGCUCUCUCCUCACGGCCCCUGACAGCCAGGAGGAGCAGCUCACUCAAGAUGAGCUCUUCAGCCUGCUCGACCUCAACCAGGACGGUCUUCUGCAGAGGGAGGAGAUUUUGAGUCUGUCCCAUUCGACUGAUGGAUCUUGGCUAAGCUCAUACAAUUUACGGAAAAUCCACACCGGGCUUGAGACCAACCCUUCUGGAGUUUUGUCUCUGCAGGAGUUUAAGCGUGUCAGUGGUGGAGUGUUGCAGUACAGCGGAGCUGGCCAAGGUUUGGAUGGCCACGCCAAGGUCAGGCAGAGAAGCACACACACACAACUUUAUCUCGGAGAGGGCACACACCACCUGCUGAAGAGCAUCAGAAAUAGAGUGACCCGUUUAACACGCCUGCCGUCCUCAUUGGUCGAUCUCAGCGAGCCAAUGGAAGUCGUCCGUUAUGAGCAGGGCGGGUAUAGCCACGCCCACCACGACAGCAGCCCCCCCAGCCCUGACAGCAGCUGCGCCCACACACAUCUGGCAGCAAAUAACUCCGCCUCUAACCAAGUUGCAUGCAGGUAUCUGACGGUCCUGCUGUAUCUGAACUCGGCAGAUGGAGGUGGAGAGACCAGCUUCCCUGUGGCUGACAACAGGACAUACGAGGAGGAGGUCUUAGGUGAUCUCUCUCAGCAGUACUGUGAUAAAGGAAAUCUGAAGAUCAAACCUGUUGCUGGAACUGCUCUACUGUGGUACAACCACCUUUCAGAUGGCAAUGGUUGGGUUGGAGAGUUGGACGAAUUCUCUCUCCACGGCGACUGCUCGGUCACUCGGGGCUUCAAAUGGACAGGAAGUGUGUGGGUGAACAUCGACCCCGACCAGCAGCGUCAGGAGCGCUACCAGCGUCUGGUCUCGUGGCAUCCAGAGGAGCAAAGCAAAAGGCCAGAGCAUGGAGACCUUCACCAAGACCUCUGAACCAGACCUCCUGUCAGGAGUUACGCUUCUACGCUGAUCUAGAAUCAGUUUCCGCUAGGAAAGACCUCAUGUGAAGCCUGGUCCAGUAAGAGAUAUACCCACUGCUGCAAGCUUGACCUUUAUAUAGCUGUCACCCCCCUGCUCCGGUGACAUAUCAUUCAAUAUUCAUGAGUUCAACUGGGAAAAUGAUAGCUAAACUUUCAGUGAUAUAAUUUGCUGGUUUCGCACAAGAUAUGUAUUCUUUAUUUAUGAAAGAUUUUAUUUAUUCAAUGUUGCAUAUUUAUUGAAAUUAUUUAUUUGUCAUAUCGCCAUUUAUUAAAUUAUUUAGUAUUUUAUUAUUAUAUAUAUAUAUUAUAUAUAUAUAUAUAUAUAUAUAUAUAUAUAUAUAUAUAUAUAAAUGUGUGGUGUGUACAUAUAUAUAAAUAUAGUCACAUAAUGUGUGUCUAUUUAUCUCAGGUUUGGUUAAACACAGGUUGUCUUUUUCCAUUUUAAUGCACUAUUUCAAACAAAGAAAUUGUCAGAUAUGUAAGUUAAAUUAAGUAAGAAAUAAAUUCAUAUUGUAGAACAGUA